GAAGAACUCCCACUCUGACACGCUGAAAUACGCCCAUGUAGACAGUUAAACUGAACUUUAAAGCUUUAUAGCCGCUGAGGAACUCAGAGUGUUCACAUCCUGAGAGAUUAUAAAGGAAGAAGUCUGAUGGUCAGGAUGGCCUCCACUACACAAUCUGUCCCUGGGACAGGAAGUUUUAGUACGGAACCUCCAGCAAGUAAUGUCUCCACCUUCCUGGACUCUGAGUUUCGUUACACCCUCUUCCCAGUUGUCUAUGGCAUCGUCUUCAUCCUGGGCCUCUUCGCCAACAUCUACGUGCUCUUCGUCCUGCGCUGUCUUCGUGGGGCCAAAGCCAUGGGUGAAAUCAGAAUCUACAUGACCAACUUGACAAUAGCUGAUCUCCUGUUUGUGUGCGCCCUCCCCCCAUGGAUUGGCUAUUAUAGUCGGCAUGGUAACUGGGUCUACACAGACUUCAUGUGCCGCCUGACCGGCUCGUUGUUCUUCAUCAACACCUACUGCUCCAUCCUCUUCCUCUGCGCCAUCAGCGUCAACAGAUACUGGGCCGUGACCCGGCCUUUGGACGCGGCGUCUUCAGACCACAGAUGCCGAGGGAUCAUUGUGUGCAUUGCCAUAUGGGUGACGUCUACAUCGAUGGCUAUUCCAUCUCUGGCCUCUCCGGGGACGAACACUGACACAACAGAGACUCGCUGUUUUGAGGGAUACCAGAAUCAAACAGACCCUGAGAAGAAGACUGUGGCUGCUACACACUUUGUGAUAAUUGGGAUGUUUGGAAUCGUCUUUUUUCUUGUUGUGGUGUGUAAUUUACUCAUUGCACGAGCGUUACUUUCCCAAACUCCUCCUCAGUCAGAACUCAAAUCAGCAACUGUGAAUUCCAGAAAGCCCUCUACUGUUAGAAGGCCCAGGGGAGUUAAACGAAGGGCGCUGCAGAUGUUGCUGGCAGUGGUUGGGGUCUUUGUCGUCUGUUUCUUACCUCACCAUUUAGUUCAAGGCCCCUGGGUGCUGGCCGUGCUGCAGAUACAACAUGGCUGGGGCCACGUAGAGUGGGGGCAAACAACUCGACAAGUGCUCAAUGAUAUACAUCAGGUCACCUUGUGUCUAAUGGGCCUCAACUGCAUUCUGGAUCCUGUAGUUUAUUGCUUCGCCACAAGGAAAUUUCGUAGGUUCAUCAUGUCACACAUAAAGAGGAUAGGAAAAGGAGAGGGGUGCUCGCACACGGUCACCUCACAGCUCUCCAUGGACAGCAGGAAUCAGAGCCAGAGACUACAGAAUGAGCUACAACAGCCUGAAGUGGACUGAUUUAAAAAUUCUAAUGUGUGUAUAAAGAUGUACAUAUCAUGUGCUCAUGUGCCAAAACUGAACGUUUUACUUGUUUACUAUUUCAUCAUUCAGUUUCAGUGGCUCCACAACCUCAUACUUUAGAAAUGUGGUGUUAGCAUACUGCAGGAACUGUAGCCUGAGUUGCAAAAUGCCUUCAGCUCUUCCUGUGUGAAAUUUCAGCUGAAUUGCAGAAGUUUGGCAAGCAGAAGUACAAAAUAAGAGGGUAAAGAAAUUUGUACUAGAAGACACUGCAUUAGUCUGUUUAAUAUACUUAUGACACACCUGACAGAAUAUUUAAAUCCCUCCACCAGUGAAAGUAGUCCACUUUCAGCAGAGUUAUACACAUAUUCACAAAAAUGUAUCUUUGUGGGUGUUUGUAGUGGAUUGUUUUGUAUUUGGUAGAACUCACAGUUCUAACAUUAUAUCUAUAAAACAUGUGACUUCUUCCAGUCAGACAAGUCACUUCUUUAUAGACAGCUGAUAUCCAGUAUUGUGAAACCUGGGAACAAGAGUAAUAAAAUUUGAGUUACGUUUCCCUCCUGGCAUCCGAUAUUGUGACACAUAUGGUAGACAAUCCCACGAUUCACAGCAACAAAGAAAGCCACACGUUCUUUCUCUUUCACUCAUAGCUGUGUAUUGUGUGUACUUCAAUGUGUUUUCUUACACUUUUACAUGAGACUUAAGUCACACUUUUUACUCAGUUUUGUCAGAGCAGUUUUUCUCACCAUUUACAGUGCUGUACUAUACAUUUGUGAAGAGUUAUUAUUCUGUUUUUUAAAAAGAUAUAAUUUUGCACUUUUCAUGCCUUUUUUUAGAGAGGAGGACAAUGGAUAGAGUCAGGAACACUGAUGAGUGAGUGUGGGAGAGACAUGCGGGAAAGGAGCCACAGGAAUGGGUUACGCCUUAACCAUGAGGCCAUCUGCGCCUCUUUAUUUCUUGAUAACAGGCAAAUUUUUGUUUUUCUUCAGUAUCUCCACCAAAAUAUGUGAUGACAUGUUAAUUACGGUCCUUGUAAUAUUGGGUAAUUAACAGUUGAUAAGCCAGUAGAAAUCAUGUUAGAAAUGCUAAUUAACAUGAAAAGUAUGUGUCAAUAUCAUAAUGCUAUAUUUAACCUCUUCUGUAUUGUUUGUAAGACAUGUAUAGGGACUUAUGAGAGACUUGUUAACAGUUUUAAAUACAUGUAAUAAACACCAAGAAGGUGUUUAUUAACUUGGGCUGUCAAGAUUAAUCAAGUUAAUUGAGAUAGCACCAUUAGUGCACUGAUUUUUCUAAUAGCGAUUAAUUGCAUGCAUUAUUGUCCCUUUGACUAAACUUUGAUUUAGGCAUGUCAGUGUCUCUCUGCAGCAGCAGUGAUGUAGAAGAAGUCCACGACUGCUCCUAAAUGUCUCAUUUUACUUUAAAAAUUUACAGACAGCUCAGAGGACGGUCAGGGUCAUCUGAACCUUUUUGAAGAUCUCUUACUUCAUUUUCAAGUUCCCUUUUCCAUGAUCAAGUUCAUCUUAAAAUCUUCAAUCUACCAAUAAAAGCAGGUCUGUGUCUGAACAGGAAGUCAAUAAUUUUUGGUUAAGACAGUGAAAAAAAUAAAAAGAACAGUUUAAAAUGCAAAAUAGUGGAAUUUCAAAAUGCGUUAAAAGGGUGCAAUUAACUGUGAUUAACUGCAGAAAUUCAGAGAUUUUUUUUUUAAAUUUCCUGUUGCAUUUUUUAAAAAAACCUCUUUGAUAUAUUUCAAAAUAAAACACAUUUAUUUUGGAGAUUUUCUCUGUACCAUAACACUGCCACCACAACCAGAACAGUGUGGUCAGUGAUGAACAUGGGAUUUUUUUUCUUCUCAAAAUUAAUAAAAUAUCAAUCCAUAAUUAUCACGUGUUGAUGUUGUUUGGUUAAAUGUGGUUAAAACUCAUGAAUCCUUAACUUUGAAAUCAGUUCAAAUAAAUGUGAUUACAAAUAGAGAAAUGGCCAAAACAUACU